AUGAGUCUGGAACAAGCUCAGAUUAUGGGGCUCCAGCGACGUCAAGAAAAGAUGAUGGAGCAACUCAAUCGCCUAACACAAGCGUUUGAGCGGUUGGCAACACUUCCCCCACCAUCACAGCGGCAUGGCCAUCCAGCACCACGACGAAUUGAUCGUAAUGAUGAAGAGGAGUAUGACGAACCCGGAGAUGAUGAUGGUGUGGAGGAACACCCAUGGCAAAGGCGGCAGCAAAGGAGUUUGGGAGACAAUAUUAAGAUGAGGAUCCCAUCCUUUAAAAGAACCAGCUCACCCGAAGAAUAUCUGGAAUGGGUGCAACGUGUGGAGAAAGUCUUUAAAUGUCAAGACUAUUCUGAGGUAAAAAAAUAUAAACUUGCUGCCCUUGAAUUCACUGAUUAUGCUAAUCUUUGGUGGGAGAAUGUAAAAGCUCAGCGUAGGAGGGAUGGAGAAGAAGAGAUCCGGAACUGGAGGCUUAUGAAGCGGAUCAUGGAGAAGCGAUUUGUCCCUCAAUAUUAUAAGCAGGAGCUGUACAUCAAGUUACAAAGCUUGAGACAAGAGGGGAUGUGUGUUGAGGAUUAUGUCAAAGAAUUUGAGAUGCUGAUGAUGAGAUGCGAUUUGCGAGAAUCUCAAGAACAGACCAUUGCAAGGUUCUUAGGAGGCUUGAAUAAGGAAAUUGCUGAUACGGUGGAGUUGCAAUCUUAUGUAUUCCUUGACGAUGUGAUCAAACUUGCUGUUACGGUGGAGAGACAGCGCAAGCGUGGUGCAAGUAAGCCAAGUAAGACUACCAACUCAUCUUCCUUAUCACCAUGGUCCGUCCCUAAGGCGGUGCCAAAACAAGUAGAAAAAGAUGAUUCUUGCAAGCAAGUCACAGAUGCGGCCAAAGAAAAAGAGGUGGGAAAUUCACAACCUCCCAGACGAAGUCGAGAUAUCAAGUGUUUCAAGUGUCUUGGUUACGGUCAUAUAGCCUCUGAAUGUCCAAACAAGAGGGUGAUAUUUAUUUGGGAGUCACAAGAAGAAAUUGAAAGUGAAGAUGAGGCUAUUUUGGAAGAGGUAAAAGAAGAUUAUGUGGAGUUUGCAGAUGAAGGAGAGCUGUUGGUUAUUCGUUGCAACCUGAACCUACAAGCCAAAGUGGAUGAUGAGCAGCGCGAAAAUAUCUUCCAUACCAGAUUGCAAUGGCUUACUGACGAUGGUGAUGUGAAGGUCACAAAGCAGGUUGUAGUACCUUUCUCUAUUGGCAAGUCCUACAAAGAUGAGGUUGUUUGUGAUGUGGUUCCUAUGAAAGCCAGCCAUCUUCUUUUGGGAAGGCCUUGGCAGUACGAUCGAAGGGCUAUUCAUGACGGCUUCAAAAAUACCUAUUCAUUUGCCAAGAAUGGGAAGAACAUAGUGUUGGCACCACUUAGCCCGCAACAGGUCCAGAAGGAUCAGCUUGUGAUUGAAAAGGGCAAGAAAGAGAACCUAUUUGCCAACAAGGGGGAAGUGAAGCGAGUUUUGACUAACCAUGAAAUUAUUUUUGUUCUUGUAGCUAAGCAGGUUCCCAGUGAAGAAGUCUCCCUUCCACCGCAAAUGAAGGAGAUCUUGGAGGAAUUUACAGAUGUGUUCCCGGAAGAAUUACCAAAAGGAUUGCCACCAAUCAGAGGGAUCGAGCAUCAGAUUGAUCUCAUUCCAGG